AUGGAAACAGCUAGGACAUCCAACGGGACCACGGGCAAGCAAGAGGAGGCAAAGAACCCCUCUUCUCCCAAGAAGGAGACAGAAGAAGGGAAGAAAUCCAGCAGCCCAAACAAAGGUGAGAAAGAGGCCAAUAAAAACAACAUUGCCCCGAACCUGGAGACAGCUCAGCUCAAGAAUUCCAUCUACUCUGGAGGUGAUUGGAAGAGGCCGAUCAUCCAAUUCGUUGAGUCUUCUGAUGAAAAGAGGGCAACCUACUUCAAUGUGGAGGCAGGAGAGGCCAAGAAGUCAAAUUUCCCUACAGGGCAGCUAGGAGAAACUCGGAGGUCCCAGGUCUCUUUUCCAGAGAGAGGAGAUUUGAGGAAGCCCCUGUUCAACAUGGAGAUGAAGAAAAGUUUCAGCAGUGAAGCAGAAGUGAAAAAGCCACUGUAUUCCAGUGGGCAGAUUGCAGAUCUAAGGAAACCCAUAAUCUCCCUAGGGGAAUCUGGAGAGACCAAAAGGACCAACUACAACAAGGUCAGUAGGGUAUCUAGUGGAAGACCCCGUGUGAAUCUGGAAGAGGUCCUUUGUGACUCUUGCAUCGACAACAAGCAGAAGGCUGUGAAGUCCUGUCUGGUGUGUCAAGCCAGCUUCUGUGAGCUUCACCUGAAGCCCCACUUUGAAGGGGCUGCUUUUCGAGAUCACCAGCUUCUGGAUCCCAUCAAGGACUUUGAAGCCAGAAAAUGCCCCAUACAUGGCAAGACGAUGGAGCUCUUCUGCCAGACCGACCAAGUCUGCAUCUGUUAUCUCUGCAUGUUCCAGGAACACAAGAACCAUACCACCGUGACGGUAGAGAUUGAGAAAUCUGGCAAAGAGACUGAACUCUCUUUGCAAAAAGAGCAACUGCAGCUGAAGAUCAUUGAGCUUGAAGAUGAAGUGGAUAAGUGGCAGAAAGAGAGGGACCGUAUUAAGAAUUUUACUGCCAACGAAAAAGCCACAGUAGAUCAGCAUUUCAAAGAGCUGAUCCGUGACCUGGAGAAACAGCGUGAUGAAGUCAAGGCUGGUCUGGACCACAGGGAGAAGAUCGCGGUGGAGAACAUCAAGGAGAUUGUGGAGGAACUGGAAGAAAGAGCCAAACUGUUGCAAGAGGAUAAGGAAACCAGGGAACAGAUUGGCCAGAUUAGUGAUUCUGUGCUCUUCCUACAGGAAUUUGGAGCAAUGAUGAGAAGCUACGUUAUUCCUCCAUCUCUGCCAACGUAUAGCAUCUUGCUUGAAGGAGAGAACAUGAGUCCAGCGAUGGGGAUACUCAGAGACGACCUCCUGAACGUAUGCAUGAGGCACGUCGAGAAAAUCUGCAAGGCAGACCUUAGCAGGAAUUUCAUUGAGAGAAACCACAUGGAAAAUGGGGAUCACCGUUACAUGAUGAACAACUUCUCUGACUGGAACCAGCCUGAUAGCCUGAAGAGGUUUUCCAUGUUCUUGAAUCCAAAAGGAGGAAAUUACAAUACACGAGCUUGGGAAUUUUCUACCAUGCAAACUGCAGAAGAGACACUUACAUCAGGGAACUCAGCUUUCUCGCUGAAAGUUGGCAAUGGAAGCAAGAUGCCGUAUCAGUUCCCCCCAAUUGGCCAGAGUUCACCUGGGGAUUUCAGCAAGCAGUCUGACGGCAGCCUCUAUACUAAGAAUGCCUAUCCUUCAAUUGUGAGGCACCAAACUGCUAAGGCACAGCCACAGACAUGGAAAUCUUCCAAACAAAGCAUGCUGUCUCAUUACCGCCCCUUCUACGUCAACAAGGGCAAUGGGGUCACCUCCAAUGAAGCACCCUGA